AUGUUUGUAUAAAUGUAAUAUAAGGAAUAUUUCUAACGGCAUAUUUUAUAUAGCGUGUGACGCUAUAGUUGAACGGCUAUCAUGGCUAGUUAUUUAUUCAUUAUUCUUUUUUGUGGCAUUUGGAAUGCAAUAGUCGGUACUUCAGUAGUCCAACAAUGUCCUCAAAUAUAUCCAUUCAAAUGUCCAAAGUUGUUUGUGAAUAAAUGUGGCCACUUGAAUACUUGUCCAAAAGGUCAAAACUGUUGUCCAUUUGCUUCACCUACAGCAUGCGGUAAACACUGUGUUGGUGGCGGAGGUCCAGCGCCGCCACCACCGCAUCCACCGGUGUUACCACCAACAACAGAUAUUUGUAGCCUGCCCAAGAGUAGAGGUCCAUGUCGUGGGCACAUAACCAGAUACUUUUUUGAUACUCACAGAAGAAGAUGUCACAGAUUUUCUUAUGGUGGAUGCAAAGGAAAUGCAAACAAUUUUGCUUCACAUCAUGAAUGUACCAAGCGAUGUUACACAGGCUUUACAUGUGACGCACCUAUUGUGAAAGGAACCUGUCAUUGGCAUGCUCGACGAUGGGGAUAUGAUAAACAGAAAGGAAGGUGUAUUCUGUUUUGGUACUCUGGGUGUGGUGGUAAUGGUAAUAACUUCCCAAACAGACACGAAUGCAACAAACAAUGCAAAAAACACAAUCCUCACACACAUUGCAAGCCAACUUACUGUAAAUGUAGAUAUGGCCAAGUUUACGAGACAGAUAGCAACGGAUGUAAAAUUUGUAAAUGUAAACCCUCGCCAUGCCUGCCAUACGCAUGCCCGAAAACGUGCAACAAUGGUUAUGAUUAUCAGACGGACAGCAAUGGAUGCAAGAUUUGUAAAUGCAAACCUUGGACAUGCAAGCCAACGUAUUGCCCGAAAUGCCAAUACGGUGUUACAUAUGAGACAGAUAGCAACGGAUGCAAAGUUUGUAAAUGUAAAACCUAUGACUGCCCAACACCAUCUUGUCCAAAACACUGUCCAUAUGGCGUCGAAUACGUAACAGAUAGUCACGGAUAUGGAAAAUAG